AUGUGCGUUCCUAUUACAACUAUUGUUGGGAAUGGCGUGGUGAUAAUUGCAUUUUUUACCCAUCGUCGGUUACGAACUGUUACUAAUUAUUUUGUGGCGUCGUUGGCUAUAGCCGAUAUUGGAGUAGCAGUCUUUGUGAUGCCAUUUGCUAUCUAUCAACAACUGAGUAAUAAGAACUGGACACUGGGACAUACAAUGUGCUUAGUGAAUACAAGCUCAGACGUGAUGUUAUGUACUAUUUCAAUAUUCCAUUUAUCUUGUAUGGCAAUAGACAGGUAUCUGGCUAUAUGCCGACCAUUUUUACAUGAACGUAUGACAAAAAAGAUUGUUUUGCUAAUGUUACUCGCUUGUUGGAUUUUACCUUUAUUCAUUUCUUUUGUGCCAAUUAUGAACGAAUGGAACCUGAUUGGCAUAGAAGAUUACUAUGAUUGUCUGUUUCCUGAAGGAGCUCCAAUGUGUGUUUUUGUCGUUAAUAUUCCAUUUUCCCUCAUCUGUUCGUCUUUCGCUUUUUACGUUCCUGUUGUAUUUAUGAUCAUUUGUAAUGUGAAAAUCUAUAUGGCUGCCAGACAUCAGGCCAUGCAAAUUCGUAGUUUAGAUGUGAUGGGACACAGCAAAGGAAAGGGGAAAUUUAAACAGGAAACGAAAGCAGCCAAGACAUUAGGAAUUAUUAUGGGCUGUUUUAGUGUCUGUUGGUUUCCAUUUUUUAUAUUUAAUGUAAUCGACCCAAUAAUUGGCUACAAAAUACCAUAUAUUCCAUGGUUGGUAGCUUUGUGGUUAGGUUAUAUUAAUUCUAUGAUGAAUCCUUUCUUAUAUUACUACUUUAACAGAAGUUUUAAAGCCGCUUUCAAAAGAAUAUUCAAAUGCCGCAUAUCGACUGAUAAGCGACCAUCUUCAUUACGCGACCAGCGACCGUGUCUUUACACUCCCGUGUAA